AUGGUUAGACUGAUUCUUGGAGCAGAAGCAGCACAGAAACUAAGUGAUGUAUCUCUUUCGAAUAAUACUAUCCAGCGAAGAAUCAGGGACAUGUCAGGUGAUGUGAAAGAUCAGAUUAUUGAAGAGAUAAAAGCAUCCCCCAUUUUUGCUAUACAGGUCGAUGAAUCCACUGAUGUAGCAAUGGCGUGCCAGCUGUUGGUAUACUGCCGAUACCUGUUCAAAGGCAUAAUAAAGGAGGAAUUUCUUUGCUGUCAAAAUCUUGAAACAUCAAGUACGGCCACUGAUGUGAUGAAUGCUGUGUCAUCGUUUUUUGACAAGCAUGGUUUGAGUUGGAAUAAUCUUGUUGGAAUCACAACUGAUGGAGCUCCAGCCAUGCUUGGGUCGAGGUCGGGUUUCCAAGCAAAAGUAAAAUCCAAAGCACCAAAUGCAGUUGGUGUGCACUGCUUCAUUCAUCGGGAGGCUCUGGCUUCUAAAUCGCUUCCUUCUGGGCUUCUCACAAUUUUCACUGGUAUUGUCAAGGUCGUGAACUAUGUGAAAACUCUGCCCUCAACACGAGACUGUUCCAGCAACUGUGUCAUGACAUGGAAUCCGAGCAUAGUUCCUUGCUCUUUUAUACAUCCGUCAGGUGGUUGUCUGCAGGAGAUUUUGUCCCGCUUCUUCUCUCUUCGCCAGGAAGUUGAAAUGUUUCUUGAUGUACAGAAAAAUGUGACCUGUUGGAGAUAUUGA